AUGAGGGUCCGGCUGCUGCUGCUGAGCCUUCUGUGCGGCUGCAUUAGACCCGGGACGGCCAAAUGUCGGAGUCGAGACCUGUUCCCAGCUGCAAAUGGUCGACUUAAGAGGAGUUUGACUUCUGUAGAAAAUCCAGUCUUCCAUCGAACCUCUAGUGACGCACAUCUCCUGUAUGAGAUCCUGAUGAGUGGGAUACAUUUUGAACCCAGUGGACAUUUUUCAGUCGAUGAUGGGGAACUUGCUUCUCUUCGACAAACAAGGAAACUGGAGGUCAUUUGUGAGGACAUUGUUCCCCGAAAUCUACCAGAAAUUCUGCGUCUGAUCUCACUGCUGUCACAGACAGAGGGACAUCUGCAUCAGGAGGAGUUUGAACGCACCCUGCUGACUUUGGUGUACACUACGCAGAGGAUGGCCAACUCCAGCAGCACACAUCAGAGAGAGGCCUGGGCUCAGUCUUUUGUUCAUUUAUACAAAGCUCUCAAGCAGGACUUGAUGGCAUAA